AAAAAAUUAAUAAAUAAAUAAAUAAACAAAUACUUUAUAUAAAGUUAUUAAAGCAGUGAUCAUUUAUAUCUUACACGAUUACAAAUUACAAAAUCGUUGCGGAAGAAUGUAAAUAAAACAAGAAAAGUCGUUUUACUUAUACUUAAUUGUUCUUUGUAAACUGUUCACACGCGCAAAAAAAAGAAGCACAAAAAAAAAAAAAAUGUAAAAGAAAUUUCAAGCUGAACGAAAUUAAAGGAAACAAUAUUUACUAAGCAAGUGCUAAAAAUAUCAAAUUUAUUUAUUAAAAACAACAACAAGACGAAAAGAAGUUCUUAUAAUUCGCAAGAUGUCUUUAAAGGAUACUAAAGAGAAGUCGACUUCGGUUUUCACAAUAACCGAUUUUCAUUCGAGAACUAAUCUCACAGAGAAAGGUAAACUUAGUGACGAAUAUGAUCCGUUCGCUCAUCGUGAUCAGGAAACGGGCACAUCAACGAGUGGUGCUUUAGCGCAUUUAUUGAAAAGUUCUUUAGGUACCGGUAUCUUGGCCAUGCCAAUGGCUUUUCUUAAUGCCGGUCUAGUAUUCGGCAUGAUUGGUACUUUAGUAGUGGGAUUUCUUUGCACAUAUUGCGUCCACAUGUUGGUGAAAACUUCACAAGAUAUGUGCCGUGAACUUCGAGUACCUGCUUUAGGUUUUGCGGAAACUGCUGAAAAAGUCUUCGAACACGGUCCCAUAGGUCUGAGGAAAUAUUCAAAAUUUACCAGACAAUUUGUGGACGGUUCUUUGAUGGCUACUUAUUAUGCUGCUGCUUGUGUAUAUAUCGUGUUUAUAGCGACUUCAUUUCGUGAUGUCAUCAAUUGUGAUUUAGAUAUCAACUGGCAUGUGCGAAUUUAUAUCGCGUUAACUUUGAUACCGUGCUUAUUUAUCGGACAAAUACGUGAACUGAAAUGGCUGGUACCAUUUUCGGCAAUGGCCAAUGUAUUCAUCAUUGUCACCUUUGCCAUAACACUGUAUUACAUGUUUAACGAGCCAUUGGUAUUUGAAGAUAAGCCAUACAUAGCCAAAGCAACGCAAUUGCCAUUGUUCUUUGCCACCGUGAUAUUUGCCAUGGAAGGUAUUGGUGUAGUCAUGCCCGUAGAGAAUUCGAUGAAGAAACCUCAGCAUUUUCUGGGUUGUCCAGGUGUUUUAAAUACCUCCAUGUUAACUGUGGUCACAUUGUACGCAAUUAUUGGCUUCUUCGGUUACAUACGUUUCGGAUCUGAAGUACGCGGCAGUAUAACUUUAAAUCUACCGUACGGUGCACCUUUGGCAGAUGCUGCCAAGUUAUUAAUGGCUUUGGCGAUACUCUUCACUUAUGGCUUGCAAUUCUAUAUACCGAACGAUAUUUUGUGGAGUAAAAUCAAGCAUAAAUUUGAUCCGAAAAAUCAUAAUAUCUCACAAAUAUUACUAAGAACAGGUAUUAUACUGAUAAGUGGUGGUGUUGCGGCAGCCAUACCGAAUCUGGAACCAUUUAUUAGCUUGGUGGGUGCAGUGUUCUUUUCAUUGCUGGGUAUUUUUGUGCCGAGCUUAACCGAGACGGUUCAUUUGUGGCCAAACAAUUUAGGUUUUUGUAAAUGGAAAUUGAUUAAAAACAUAAUUUUAUGUAUAUUAUCUAUUCUCGCUUUAAUUACCGGUGCUGCUGUUAGCAUAAUUGAAAUAAUUAAUAUGAACAAUGAUCUCCCAGAAGCCAGUGCGCAGUGUAAAGCGGUGUAGUUUAUAGUAAAAAAAUUAAGCAUAUUUUGCAAAAUUUCAUUUAUCCAUUAAUCAUUAAUUAAUAUUAAGUUUAUGCUGUUAUGGUAGGAAUCAAGCUGGGCUUGCCUUUAAGCAAUAACCUUUUUAACUUAAGUAUCAUUUUUAUUUAUUUGUUUGGUGCUACAUAUAUUAAAUAUUUUUUUAUUACUAGAUGAUGUGCAUUGCGUUCUUUGUAUGCAUUCACUUUUUAUAUAUAUAAAUAUAUAUAUA